AUGAGAAUCAACCUUUCUAUACCUAUCUUUCUCUUUGUUCUCUUAGCCUUGUUCUCAUACCUAGCCUUGGCCAAGCGAGACACUGAGGUAGUAGAAGAUCCUGAGAUCAGAACAUGCAAACACCAGUGCCUACAGCAGCCGCAAUACACUGAGGAUGACAAGCAGACGUGUCUUCAAAAUUGUGACGCAUAUCAUCAUAUGAAGCAAAAGCGAGAGAAAGAUAAGGAAGAGAAAUUUCGUAAGAAGAUAGCGCAUGAAGGUUAUCAUCAUAAAGAGCAUGAAGAAGAGGAGGAAUGCACUGAAAAGGUAGAAGAAGUAGAUGAAGGAGGGGAAGAGGAGAAUCCCUAUAUUUUUGAAGAAGAUAGGGAUUUUGAGACCAAGGUCGAAACAGACGAUGGCAGAAUUCGGGUUCUGAAGAAGUUCACUGAGAAAUCCAAGCUUCUUAAAGGCAUUCAGAAUAUCCGUUUGGCCAUUCUAGAAGCUAGAGCGCACACGUUCGUGUCUCCACGCCACUUUGAUUCUGAUGUUGUUUUGUUCAACAUAAACGGGCGAGCCCUACUUGGGUGGGUGAAGGAAAGUGAAACAGAAAAGUUCGUCCUUGAAUCUGGAGACAUGUUAAUGAUACCAGCAGGCACCCCAAUAUACAUCGUUAACAGAGAUGAGAAUGAGAAGCUCGUCCUUGCCAUGCUCCAUAUACCUGUCUCCACUCCUGGAAAAUUUGAGGAAUUUUUCGGUCCUGGAGGACGAGACCCAGAAUCGAUCCUCUCAGCAUUUAGCUACAAUGUGCUUCAAGCUGCACUACAGAGUUCAAAAGGAAAGUUAGAGAAGCUUUUUAGUCAACAGAAUGAGGGAAGUAUGUUCAAAAUAAGCAGAGAAAAGGUGCAGGAGUUGGCCCCCAAGAAAAGCUAUUGGUGGUUUGGUGGCCCAUCUACGGCUGAAUUCAAUCUUUUCACUAUGCCUCCCACUUUCUCCAACAGUUAUGGUCGUCUAACAGAAGUAGGUCCUUCUGAUUCCAAGAGCGGCCUUGAAAAACACAAUAUCAUGCUUACCUUUGCCAGCAUCACCCAGGAAUCUAUGAGUACUAUUCAGUAUAACUCACAUGCAACGAAAAUAGCACUGGUCAUCAAUGGUACAGGGCAUGUUCAAAUUGCAUGUCCCCACAUCUCAUCAAGGUCAUACUCAAAGCAUGAAAAGAGUAGUCCCUCAUACCAUAGGAUCAGUGCCGCCUUGAAGCCAAGAUCGGUGUUUGUUGUCCCUCCCGGUCACCCCUUCGUGCUCUUCUCUUCCAGGAAGGAGAAUCUCCAGAUUAUUUGCUUCGAGAUUAACGCUCGAGACAACAAGAAGUUUACAUUUUCUGGGAAGGACAACAUUGUGAGCUCUCUGGACGACCUUGCUAAGGAGCUGGCCUUUAACUAUCCUUCGAAUAUUGUGAACGAAAUAUUCGACAGAAAGGAGAGUUUCUUUUUCCCAUUUCAGCUGCCGCAAGAGGAGCGUUAUCUUCGUGCUGAUGCAUGA